UGUUUGCACAGGCGGCGCGUGACGCCGCCGCCGCCUGUAACUGAUGCAGAGGUUACCCCGCCGCCUCAGCCGCCACCCACCACCCGCCGCCGCCGCCGCCACCCGGGCGACGCCGGGGGCCGACGCACUGCAGAGGUGCCGGCAGGUUCCGCCCGCGGAAGUCUUCUCUGCCGGCGCAGCCCGCGCUCCGCCCGCUCUCCGACCCCGGCCCCAGCGGGCGCCCCCUCGACACCUCUGCCGCCGCGCUCCUUCCCUCUGCCUCUUCCCCGGCGCGCCCGCCGGCUCCCUCACUUCUCCCCCUUUUCCUCCUCCCCGUCCCCUCUCCUCCCCUCACCUCUACCCUCCCCACCUCCCCCCUUCUCGGUUUCCUCCCCCAUCCCCUUGAAUCUCCCCUCCCUGCCCUCGCUCUCUCGCUCGCCCUCAGCGCGGCCCCCGCCAUGACGGAGGCGGGUGCCGGUGCCGUUGCCGUUGCCGCCGCUGCCGUCGCAGGGGGGGAGUCGGGUUCCCAGAAAGUAGCUUGAUGAGUGUCCAAAGUAGCAGUGGAAGUUUGGAGGGGCCGCCAUCUUGGUCCCAGCUCUCCACGUCUCCAACCCCGGGCUCGGCGACGGCGGCCAGGUCCCUGCUGAAUCACACGCCGCCAUCCGGGAGGCCCAGGGAAGGUGCAAUGGAUGAGCUUCAUAGUCUGGAUCCAAGAAGGCAAGAAUUAUUGGAAGCUAGAUUCACAGGAGUUGCAAGUGGGAGCACUGGGAGCACGGGCAGUUGCAGUGUUGGAGCUAAAGCCUCAACAAAUAAUGAAAGCUCUAAUCACAGUUUUGGAAGCUUGGGAUCUUUGAGUGACAAAGAAUCAGAGACACCAGAGAAGAAACAAUCGGAAUCAUCCAGAGGAAGAAAGAGAAAAGCAGAAAAUCAGAAUGAAAGUAGUCAGGGAAAAAGUAUUGGGGGACGUGGCCACAAAAUUAGCGACUAUUUUGAAUACCAAGGUGGAAAUGGCUCAAGUCCAGUAAGAGGCAUACCUCCUGCAAUCCGUUCUCCUCAGAAUUCACAUUCACAUUCCACUCCUUCCUCAUCUGUUCGACCGAAUAGCCCUUCUCCUACUGCAUUAGUUUUUGGGGACCACCCUAUUGUACAACCAAAGCAGUUAUCCUUUAAAAUUACUCAGACCGACCUUACAAUGCUGAAGUUAGCAGCAUUAGAAAGUAAUAAAAACCAGGACCUGGAAAAAAAGGAAGGUCGUAUAGAUGACUUGCUCAGGGCUAAUUGUGAUCUCAGACGGCAGAUAGAUGAACAACAAAAAUUACUUGAAAAAUACAAAGAACGAUUAAAUAAGUGCAUAUCAAUGAGCAAGAAACUACUUAUCGAAAAGAGUACACAAGAAAAACUGUCAAGCAGAGAGAAGAGUAUGCAAGACAGAUUACGCCUUGGGCAUUUCACGACCGUUAGACAUGGUGCUUCAUUUACUGAACAAUGGACAGAUGGUUUUGCAUUUCAGAAUCUUGUAAAGCAACAAGAAUGGGUGAAUCAGCAAAGGGAAGAUAUUGAAAGGCAAAGGAAACUUCUAGCCAAACGCAAACCUCCCACAGCUAAUAAUUCUCAGGCACCCUCUACCAAUUCUGAACCAAAACAAAGGAAAAACAAAGCAGUCAAUGGAGCAGAAAAUGAUCCCUUUGUUAGACCAAAUUUACCACAACUGUUGACUUUGGCAGAAUAUCAUGAACAGGAAGAAAUUUUCAAACUUAGACUAGGACAUCUCAAAAAGGAAGAGGCAGAAAUUCAGGCAGAACUUGAACGUUUGGAAAGAGUCAGAAAUCUUCACAUUCGAGAGCUCAAAAGAAUAAAUAAUGAAGAUAAUUCACAGUUCAAAGAUCACCCAACGUUAAAUGAAAGAUAUUUAUUACUCCAUCUGCUUGGUAGAGGUGGCUUUAGUGAAGUGUAUAAGGCUUUUGACCUUUAUGAACAAAGAUAUGCUGCUGUGAAGAUCCAUCAGCUUAAUAAAAGUUGGAGGGAUGAGAAGAAGGAAAACUACCACAAACAUGCCUGCAGAGAGUAUAGAAUACACAAAGAACUGGAUCACCCCAGAAUAGUUAAACUCUAUGAUUAUUUCUCCUUGGAUACAGAUACGUUUUGUACAGUGUUAGAAUACUGUGAAGGCAAUGACUUGGAUUUCUAUCUGAAGCAACAUAAAUUAAUGUCAGAGAAAGAAGCUAGGUCUAUUGUAAUGCAGAUUGUAAAUGCACUAAGAUAUCUCAAUGAAAUCAAACCCCCUAUUAUACAUUAUGAUCUUAAACCAGGGAACAUCCUUCUGGUAGAUGGAACAGCAUGCGGAGAAAUUAAAAUUACUGAUUUUGGUCUGUCCAAGAUUAUGGAUGAUGACAGCUAUGGUGUAGAUGGAAUGGAUCUAACUUCCCAAGGGGCAGGCACUUACUGGUAUUUACCUCCUGAGUGUUUUGUAGUUGGAAAGGAACCACCGAAGAUUUCCAACAAGGUUGAUGUGUGGUCAGUCGGAGUCAUCUUCUUUCAGUGUCUUUAUGGUAGAAAACCAUUUGGUCACAAUCAAUCUCAACAAGACAUUCUUCAAGAAAAUACAAUAUUAAAAGCCACAGAUGUCCAGUUCCCUGUAAAACCGGUUGUAAGCAGUGAAGCAAAGGCCUUUAUAAGACGCUGUUUGGCAUACCGAAAAGAAGAUAGGUUUGAUGUGCACCAACUGGCAAAUGACCCCUAUCUUCUCCCACACAUGAGAAGAUCCAAUUCUUCAGGAAACUUACACAUGGUUGGGCUGACAGCAUCCCCUACACCCCCUUCUUCAAGCAUAAUUACUUACUGACUUUCCUCCAAAAUUGGCAUGAUGUCUUUGAAUUGCUUCCAGAUGCAUACUUGAGUUUGAGAGCUUUUGAGUGUUUUUGUUGUUUUCUUUUUUACACAGGAUAUGGUUGAGAACUGUUUGUGAACUGAAGUUCUUCAUAGCAUCGUUUGUAUGAGAGUGGAUCAUGGGCGGUGAAUAAAUGUACACUUCUGACUGUAAUCUUGAGCAGUGAAGGGUGACUGCCUGUUGCACAGAAACAGGAAUACCAUGUUAAGAUAACAGAACAAUGGUUUUUUGGGGGGAACACUGUAAAUAACGUUUAUAAUACUUAAAUACAUUUGGUUGUUACUAGAGAGUUCUAAUAUGAAGGGUGGUUUUUCAUUAUUUAAAAACACAUGGAAAAAAUAUGAGACGUAUUUCUAACACAGGAACUAUCUAGUGCCUGGAUACAUUCUUCAGCAUUCAGCAGUUUAUCUGCUGCAACCAAAGUAAGAACUGAAUGACAGUGACAGUUGUGUUUUAUAGUAAUAGAAUGUGAGAGUUAGACUCUUUGGACAAAGUUAUUAGACUUUUGUCAUUUGCCUAUUCUGGCUUUUACCAAGUUGUACCUCGAAAUCACAUGUCCACUUUUUUCACUGGUCAUGUUAAAGGGAGAGCUAUUCCUAGAUACAUUACACCUUUGACAAAGUGAGCUGCUUGUUUUGAAAUCAGCUGAAGUCACUAAAUUAUAAUAUCUCCAGUGUUCUCAACAUGUUAGAAUUGUUAACAGGUAUUUUUCUUUUGUUACCAGGCCUUGUUCAUUCAAACAAGUGACAAUACGUAACCAAAUGCAGACCAGUUCUAUGCAGGAUAAUGAUAAAUUCCCUUCUAGCUCUAUUGUAAAUUGUGUACAGAUGUCGUAUUUCAAUUACCGAGUUUCAGCAGCUUAUUCUUGUACAAAUGUUUAAAAAUAUGCCUUUUCUAAUUGGAUAUUGUAUUUUUUUUAAGUCUUCUUGAAGGCGCUUUAAUUGCUGCUAAAUGAUGUUGCUUCUUUGCUAAAAAAAUCAAAUGACCUCCUUAAAGGUGCAAGUUGACUGUACAUUAUAGAGAGAUUAUUAAAAGCAGGCAUUUAUUAACAAUCAAGGCAUGUAAAAAUGAUCCGUGUUGGACAUAAAGAGCUCUCGAAAUCAGUUUCUUGGUUUCUAGGGCUGUGGAGCACAUAUAUACUAGAUUUAUAAAUUGUUCAUGGUAAUCCUACAUUUCUAGAAAGUUCUUAUCAGCAAGGUGGGAUGAUGGUCCCUUAAACGAGUUUCUUGUGGUUUGUACAGAUUUGUUAAAAUGUGAACAUUUUCUAACUGCCUUGUAUGGUAGAAACCAUUAUUUUUCAGGAUGCUGUAUGUCACUCCUCUAAGAAACUUCCUUAUCAUCACAUUCAUAAUGCUGAUACUUACAUGUAAAUUGUCCAUGUUGCCGAAAAAGGAGGCUAUGCUUACCACAGAUUCCCCUUAAUAUUGUACAGUUAAACCAUGGCUCUUUGUUCUUUCAUUGUACAUAGAUACAUUGUCUCUUUAAGAUGCUGCUGAAAUUGUAGAGAAUGUAGCCAAAACAGUAAUAAACGAUGACAGUUAAAAUUUAAAGACUAUGAAGUUACAUUUGAAGGGAGCGUUCAAGAUUUAGGACAUUGACUGACUUGGCUCCUUAAGAAUUAACUGAAUAAAUUCUUGAAGUAUACUUCAGGAUAAGUAUGAAGCGUUUCAAGCUGUUAAAGUAUACCUAAUAACCAUUAUCAAAGCUAAUCCUGGGUAAGUAACACUUAGCCAUAUCGGGAAUGGUUUAAGGGCUAUACCUGUUCCUCUGCAGAUGAAGAUAGAAAUCCUAUUAAAAAAAAUAUUGAUGUGGUAAUGGAAUGUAGCAUCAAUUGAGUGCUUUAGGUGCUGUCGGCCAAUUUUUCAAUUUUGUUUGAGUGAGUUUUCAUCUUUCUGAAUCCUAAAAUACUAUGUUCAUAUAGUAACAGUUAUUUGAAGUCCUGAAUUAAAAGAAAAUAAUCAGUUUGUUUAAAAUUUUGGUGAGAUAUUUAAGUGGAUGUGUACAUCUAACAUGAGAUUGAAGAAGUGGUACAGACCUAGAUCACUGGUCUUGACCACACUAUUUUCAAAUGAAUGAAAGUGACUGCUACUGUCAAAAUGCAGAAAAGGAGGAAAACAAGCCAUAAAAUAAAAGUGCUUCCCUGGGUUUAGGUAAUCAUCUGUUUAGAGUCCAAGAUGUGUAGGCAGUAAAUGAGUUGAGAGACCAUCUAUUCCUCCUAAAGUUUUUCCAAAGAAAUGAUACAGAUUUGGGUGAGUAUGCCCAUAUCUCAGCAGGUACAAGAUAGCUCUAAUUGAGCCAGAGUGAGUACUGUUACCUUCACCUGGGAAACUGGGAUUUGUCACUAAGUAGUUUCAGUCACUCUGGCGAUCUUUGGCUCUAACAUCUUGAAGCUUACAUUGUUUUUUGGUCUCCUGAAUUCUGUCCUCAGAAUUAAAGUAUUUCCUAUAUGCCUAAGACAGUAGCCAAGGUCUUCUCCCUUUAAGCACUGCAAGGUAAAUGUACAGUUUUUUGCAUAGAAUUUGAAAUCUUUGUUUGGUAUGAAUUAGCUUUAGUGCAUGCAUGUUGAGAGGAAGUAAGUGUAGAAACCACCCUAAUUUAUUAAGUCUGGAGUUGGGUAGAUAUUUGGUUGUUUUUCAGAAAUAAAGUUUCAAGUCUAUUUUUUACUUGCUGCCAUCCCCUGCUCCUUAAAAAUAAUUUUCAAUUUAAAUAGUACAUAAAAUGUGAACAGAUACUUCUACAAAUACCUCAUUACAUGAAACCAAAAUGGUAGAAUUUCAGUGAAACAAAUUUAAAGAGUGUAUUCUGUUUUGCUGUUGAUCGCUGCUUAUUAAAUGCAAUAAUGCUGAUUACCAUCAGACGUUAUUAGCUGUGUUUUGCAGUGGUAGUGCAGACGGUCCAGUCCUAUUAGAUUGUGAGUUUACUCUUAGAAUUUACAUUACCGUUUGAUUUGUGUGAAAAAGACAGCCUUACUCUUAGUCCUUUAAAAUCACAUUGGCACGGCUUACUCUAAUCCCACUUUAAAUUUUGACAUGUUAUCUGAUCAUUUUCCUCCCAAGCUUAAUCUGUUUCAAAAAGUGUUUUAGCACCUAGUUUUUAAAUAAAAUUGUUAGAAUUCUAGUUCUUGGAUUUCAGGAAUUCUGUAACAGUUUUAGAAUUUCUGUAACUUAUCUGGUGAUCUGAAUUACAACAUACACAUCUCCAUUUACCUUCCCUUGCUUUCAUCUCCCUCCUUUUUUUUCUUCUUUUGAGGAUUUUUCUUCCUGGGAAUUCUUGGAUGUUUGAAUGGGAAAGAUUUGAGUAAAUGUAUAUAAACUGACUUCAAAACGAUUGCAUAGAGCCAGAGGAGAACUUAGAAGAGUCAUCUUUCAUUAGGAUCAAAACGCAUAGUUUUCACCUGGAAAUCCUCACCCAUUUAAAAUACUAGAGAUGUAGGUUACCUACAUACCUAUGACUUUUUAAAAAGGCAGUAACAAUAAUACUGGUUAAGAAUUCAUAUCUUAGAACCAGAUUCUUUGGGCUUAAAUGUUGACUGCCAUUUCCUACCUGUGUUUCAGGUUCCUCAUCUGAAAAUGAAGAUAACAGUGUGACCAUACAGAGUGGUUGCAAGGAGUAAAUGAGCUCACAUAUAUAAAACCCAGCACAUUGUAAUACCACGUAUAUAAAGCUGCUAUUAUUUUUUUUUUUUUAUUUUUUUUGCAGUACACGGGCCUCUCACUGCUAUGGCCUCUCCCAUUGCGGAGCACAGGCUCCGGACGCGCAGGCUCACCGGCCAUGGCUCACGGGCCCAGCCGCUCCGCGGCACGUGGGAUCCUCCCGGACCGGGGCAUGAACCCGUGUCCCCUGCAUCGGCAGGCGGACUCCCAACCACUGCGCCACCAGGGAAGCCCUAUUCUUUUUUAAGACUCAAAAAUUGUUCUAUUGCUUUUAUCCUACAUACAAGAUGCAGUCUACUUUGCUUCCUGUGAUAAAUUUUCCUUUAAGAAACAGUUUUACAAUACUUUAUUCAUUUCAAAUGAUGAUUAGAUUACCUGAAAAGGGAAGGUGAUGGGGUGCAGCAACAAGAAAAAGUAACUCUGUCUCAACUGUAAUUACCCAAAGGAUCAUACCCUAACCAUGUAGGCUAUUUCAUCAGAGGAAAUUCUACCGUACAUCCUAGGGUUUUCCUUGAUAGUAGCAACCAUUUGAGGUAGGAUAGGUGGUAUUAUCCCAGUUUUUUCACAGAGGGGGAAACAGUUGGAGAAAAGAAAUAACUUGGUAAGACCACAUAACUAAUAAAUGACAUCAGAACUAAAGCCCGGCUUUUGGAGUCCUAGAGCCAGGUUCUUAACCAUGCUAACAUUUCGCUUGCCUCUUUAUUAUAAAACUUGUUUACUGUGUUAAUGAUUCUUCAGAAUGACAAAAAUGAACAGAUAGAAACGUAACUGUCACCAUAAAAGAGCAAAUAUAAAGAAUUCUUCAACUGUUAGAUCAGGAGUGCCAUCUGAGCUGUGCCUUGAUGGCUGGCUGUUAGUCAUGUCAGAGAGGGGCUUCUGUCCAGAUUCAUUCUAGGCAAGGCAGAGAGUGGCUUUUCCUCUUCUCACACUUGUUUUUCAUUGCAUUUUUAAUUUAAGUCAACGAUCAGAUUAGGUUCUGCUUAACUUGCAGGGAUCAGUUAGUUCACCUUUCUCCUCCUCAGCCCACUUUCAUGAGCAUAGAAGGUAUAUUCUUCCUCUCCCUGCAGUGGUACUGGUUGGUCUCUAAUAAAUCUGGAAAACUGACUCUAUUAAGUCAAAAAACUUGAGAAAGUCUUAUAAAUCUAAUGAAAUUACCCAUGUGUGGUGCUCCAGUGCCAAGAUCACAAAUGAGUAAUCCUGACUUUAUCAAGUGACUCUCACUUUGAUUUUUAAAAGUCUGUUUGUAAUUAAAUUUUUCUUAAAAUACGUGAUCCAUUUUCAUCUGAAGAACUUAGGCUGUUCCCGUAACCAAAUACGUAAGCUAAACAGUAUACGUGCAUGACCAGCACCCCACUGUUCUUGGUGGAGUAUAUGGUAUAUUUGGUUUAAAUACCAUUGAUAUGGUCAGAUGAGGAUUUUUUUCUAGGAUAGGACAAAGUUACAUACUAAAAUUACCUGAUCUAAAGAAUGAGUAUGGUUGAUUUAUGUCAUUCAUAUCGAUCCUAUUUCACCUCUUUAUGUCUGCUAAUGACCAAAUUCAUAACUUCCUUUUAAGGAGGUAUUCAGAAGAGUGAAAAGUGGGGAAAGUCUGGGUUUUAAAGUCUGACUUGACUUUGCACCUGGCUUUGCUAUUUAAUAAUUGGAUGACCUUAGAGAAGUCACUGACUAACCUCUCUCGGCUUGCCUUCCACAUCUGUAAAGUGUAUAUAUUAAUAGUACUUGC